CACAUUUUGUCAUUUUUUAAUGACAAACAAUGUUGCAUAUAAGUAUUAAGAAGGGAUCCAAUUGUGGUCACUGAAGUUUUAUUUUAUUAAAUUAUAUCUUUUAACCCCCUUAUUAUGUGCUAACCGUGUUAAUUAGAAAAUAUUCAAAAUGACUGACGAAGUAAUAAAACAUUCUGUGCACACGUUGGUGUUUAGAUCACUUAAACGAUCACACGAUAUGUUUCUCUCAAACCAAAGUAUGUUGCCGCCAAUCGAUGAAAAAGCAGAAAAGAUAUUACGAGGAAUUAAAGCGAGGGACAGUUAUGGGCAAGUUAUGACAACAGUACAAAAGGCACAAGCAUUCAAACAACUGGAGACCAAGAGCCAGCCUGAGAUCCCUCAUGACACAGACAUAGCGGAGUCUGCGGCGUUGGGCUGCGACGGCGCCAUGUUGCCGGCCUCAGGUCCUAGCGCGGCACCAGGUCCGGUGACGCCGACACCCCCGCGCCGCGCCGCCGCCCCCCGCCCUCGCUGGCACGCUCCCUGGAAACUGUUCCGCGUCAUCUCCGGUCACCUGGGCUGGGUGCGCUGCGUCGCCGUGGAGCCUGGGAACGAGUGGUUCGCGACCGGUGCCGCCGACAGAGUCAUCAAGAUAUGGGACCUCGCCAGCGGGAAGCUCAAAGUGUCUCUCACCGGUCACGUGAGCACAGUCAGAGGUCUGGAGGUGUCGGCGCGUCACCCCUACCUGUUCAGUUGCGGCGAAGACAGACAGGUGAAAUGUUGGGACCUGGAAUAUAACAAGGUGAUUCGUCACUACCACGGCCACCUGUCGGCCGUGUACUCUCUGGCGCUGCACCCCACCAUCGACGUGCUGGUGUCGGCGGGCCGCGACGCCACGGCCCGGGUGUGGGACGCCCGCAGCAAGGCCAACGUACACACCCUGUCGGGCCACACGGACACGGUGGCGUCCUUGGCGUGCCAGGCCGCCGAGCCGCAGGUCAUCACGGGUUCGCACGACGCCACCGUGCGCCUGUGGGACUUGGCGGCCGGCAAGUCGCUGUGCACGCUCACCAACCACAAGAAGUCGGUGCGCGCGCUGGCUCUGCAUCCCGCGCUGUACACGUUCGCGUCCGCGUCGCCAGACAACAUCAAGCAGUGGAAAUGCCCGGACGGCCGCUUCAUCCAGAACCUGUCGGGCCACAACGCCAUCGUCAACUGCCUGGCCGUGAACAACGAGGGCGUGCUGGCGAGCGGCGGCGACAACGGCUCCAUGUUUCUGUGGGACUGGCGCACGGGGUACAACUUCCAGCGCCUGCAGUCGGCCGUGCAGCCCGGUUCCAUGGACUCGGAGGCCGGCAUCUUCGCGCUCGCCUUCGACCGCUCGGGCUCGCGCCUGCUCACGGCCGAAGCCGACAAGACCAUCAAGAUAUACCGUGAGGACGACGCCGCCUCGGAGGAGACGCACCCCGUCAACUGGAGGCCGGAGAUCAUCAAGAGGAGGAAGUACUAGGGACCUUCCCACUCUUAUCAAUAAAUAUUUUUGACAGAA